AUGCCUGCUGGAGCUCUUCAUUGGUUGCCAACCGAACUCCCGGCGGGCGUGAGAUUUAUCGUGUCCACGAUAGCAACCACAGACAAGGGCGGUACACCAAAGCCGCACAGAACAUACCUCGAGCUUCUGCGGCGGAAAUGCCCAGUCCUCAUGAUGGAGGCCAUGAACGGUGAAUGUCAGGAAGCCAUCAUCGGUGCGUUCAUGCAAAUGCACCCAAAACAAAUCCAGCUCACCAAGGAGCAGAUCAAACGGAUCAUACACCUGGAGGUGCAGUCCAAGCCAAUGUACCUCCGGACUUUACUAUACGCACUCCGCCAAGGAGUAGCGCUAGAAUCGGGGGAGCCAGUCUCCAAGUCUUCGUCGCCAAGUGUUGCCACGGCGGCAGAAUCCGCCCCCGGGGUUGAUGCCUCCAGUACGGGUAGCGUCGCUUCCAAUCCGAACGGCGCUGCUGGAAAGGUGCCGGACCGGCUGCUGGACUUAUAUUUGUCGUCGGAAGACAGCAUUUCGCUCACGUCCAAGGUGCUGGACGUGUACGCUGCCUCGGAACGGUCUGAUGGAUUGCGAGUUUUGGGAAAAUCGCGAUACAAGUUGAUUGUUAUCACUUCGUGCGUUAUUUUCUCACAGGAUAAUACGAUGUUGGUUCAAGGGCAACGCAGUUUCAGCCACGAGGAGUUCCGUGGUGUGGUUUACUCCAAAUACAUCCAGAGCCCAGAAACAAUGGUUCGUUUGCACAUACAGAUGGCGCGCUACUUCGCGCGGCUCCCUGCUUCCGACCGAAAGGUGAGCUUCUGUUGGGCGAAAGGUGCCGUCCGCUUGAUGUUUCAGCUUGCCACGAGACACAUGCUGAGAUAUUUUCAUCGUAUGGACGUUCGUCGUGAUCAGGUGGAAUGUCAACCCUAUCAUCUCGAAGCUGCCGGAUGCUGGAACAAGCUAAAAAAUUGCCUCGUCGACAUCGAUAUGUUCGGUAUUUGGUGGACUCCUAAUCACAAAAAGGAGUUUGUUGCACUUUGGGCAAGUCUCACUAACGCCAACAACAAGGAUGCACUUGCAAAGAAACUGGUAACUUCUGAGUUUUCCAAGACCAUGGAGUGGAAGCAGAGCCCGCGACCUUGCUAUGACAUGGUGGAGGAGUACAACCGCAGUCUUGAUGAGUACAAAGACAAGGAUCUGGGAUCUCUUGGGGUGCCGUUUCUGAGUGUUGACGAAGACGGCCGUAGUGUGUUGAACAAGCCAUUGCUGACAGAGACCAAGGAGGAUGACAAGCCAGCCGGCGUUGACCAGCCACCCAAACCGAACGAAGAUUUCCCGGACUGCACAACGUACUUCUAUCAUCGGUGGAUGUGGAUACAGUUCCCCUGGGUUGCUUUGGCCAACUGUGGAGAGAAGUACUUGAUCGGGAUCUCCUUAAAAGACCAAACAGAUUCGCUCGGCGUCGGGAGAAUGACGAAGCAACUAAAAAAGAAGGGAAUGGGGAAACCUAUGCCAGGAGUACUUUCAGACUCAGGAAGCGUUACACAAACAGGUGCCAGAGGUCGCAAGGGUGGGGCGGACAAAUCCGUUGAGCGUGGUGGUCGUGGAGGUGCCAAGGGCCACAAGAGAGCAGAGGACGAAAGACUCCAAAAUGGUAUUGCAUCGCAGUUGUCGCCUGCGAGGGCUGCUAGACGAAGGCGAUCGUUCAAAAGAGGUCCCAGCGAGGGGGGCUCCGCAGACGAAGACAGCAACUACUGGACCAAGAUGAUGAGUGUCAUACGCGGGGAGAUCCAAGAGUACAGAUCCGAGCUGGAUUCUUUGACGAUAAAAAGGGUGCAAAUGGAGAGGAAGUUAAAACAGGUCACCGACGAGGCCAGCCAGAUGUCGGAACUUGCCGGUGCGAAGCAAAAGGGCGAAGACAAGGUUGCUCACCUCUUGCGAAGGGAAGCCAAGGUGACGAAAUCGCACGCCCACGCUAGGCUACUUGCGAAGAACUACAAGUGUCUCCUGCUCAUGUGCGAGAGACAUCCCGCCCACUCAAAGGAAGAGAUGCUCUUCAAUCGUCACAAGCAACACGAAACCCUGCAAAGAAGCAAUGCUGCCAGCACCGAGCGACUAUCACAGUUGAACUUUUCCAUGUCAACGGAAGACGGGGCUUCCACCAAGCGGCACAAGGCCCAUGCGAUGCUCGGGCAGCUGCGAGAAGGGGGUGGUGGUGACGGCGGGGAAGGUGGAGGCACCGAAGGGUGGGAGGAGGCGUGGGCAUUGAUUCGAGCGAGUACGGGCAUCGCAGAUCCCGACCUGUUCAUCCAGAAACACCUCAACUGCGACCACUUAGAGACCCAGCUUAUGGAACUCAAACAGGCGAGGAUGCUGCCGAAAAACCACAGCGGCAACAAGGAGGCCAGAGAUUUACACCAACGCCUCAAUGAAGCACAGGUGAGAUUGAAACGAUCAAAGGAGAGGUCAGACGCCAUGGAGAACCUGCAGAGGCAUACCGUGUCUGGCCUGAGACACAUCUGCGAUCUCCUCGGAGCACCCGAGUCCGAAGACGACGCCCAUGUGGCCGAGAUGGUGAGCUGGAUGAAUAUUGGGAUGGACUUUUUGCGAGAGGGCGACAGAUCAGGAGAAACCCGAAACCUCAUCACCCAUGGCACCCGACAAAUACGAAAUUGGCGUCCCUUCCCUAACUUCGUUUCGCAUUCAACAUGCAUGUAUUAG